AAUAUAGUUCCAUUACACUACAAACAAACAAUUUUGGAUCUGGAAGUGAUUUUGCAGCUAAACAAGCACUAAUUCUUCUCACCAAUGGCGCGAACCAAGCAAACUGCGCGUAAAUCCACGGGAGGCAAGGCUCCGAGGAAGCAACUGGCCACCAAGGCAGCCAGAAAAUCUGCUCCGGCAACCGGCGGCGUGAAGAAGCCUCACCGCUUCAGGCCGGGAACAGUUGCGCUCAGAGAGAUCAGAAAGUACCAAAAGAGCACCGAAUUGCUGAUCAGAAAACUUCCGUUCCAGCGUUUGGUGCGAGAAAUCGCUCAGGAUUUCAAAACGGAUCUCCGUUUCCAGAGCAGUGCGGUUUCUGCUCUGCAGGAAGCUGCGGAGGCUUAUCUUGUUGGACUCUUCGAAGACACAAACCUUUGCGCCAUUCAUGCCAAGCGCGUCACCAUUAUGCCCAAGGACAUCCAACUUGCUCGCAGAAUCAGGGGCGAGAGAGCUUGAGUUUUCAUAAUCUUCUGUCUCUGUUAGGAUUGUUUAGACUGUCUUUAAUCAUGGAUUCAGUUGCUUAAAUGUAGAUGAAAGAAAAUGAAGGGUUUCUAGUUAAAAUUGAAAUUGUCUCCAUUGAUUAUUAUUUAUUUAUCUUUCCAUUUUAUGCAGAACUGUUAUAUCUUAUUUAUUGAAUUACAAAGUUUUCAUA